CAACUCUUCGGCUCAGCCAUUUUCACAUUUGUCUCUCUUCUCCUACUCUCUCUUCUCUCCUUUUUCUUUGCUCCACUAAAAAAAUAAAAUCAAGUGUUUACUCGGAGCCAGAAGAGAAGAUGGAGAGAAACUAAGAUUUGAUAACUACAAAUCUUGUUACUGAUCAAGAAUCUCAAUUACAGUUUCAGUUUCUUCUUUAACAUGGCAUCAAUAGCAGGAGGAUCAUUUAGAGUCCCUAGCACUCGUAUCUCUAUAACCACUCCAACUCUAUCUUCCUCUUCUUUGUUUCCACCACUAACAUUGCAAUCAAGUAAUAAAAAAGACAACCAAUUGCUGCGGUGUGCCGUCCAAGAAUCAUCCACUACUUCUGCUGUUGCUACUGAAAAGAAAGAUAAAGAAAAAGAAGAGUCAUCAACAGCGGCGGUUCCAGCGAAGAAACCUAAACCCGCAGCUGCGAAAGCCGCUGCAGUGGCGAAACCGCUGAAACAGAUGAUGGAAGAAGACGUGAUUCCUCCUUUGCUAGCCAUUCUUGAAGCUCAAGAUGAUAUCUCUGAGAUAGAUUUAUCUUUCCAAGAAGAUAACAAGCUUGAAGGUUUUUUCUUGAAGAAAGGUAUUCCAUAUUCCUUUUGGGCCUUCUUCCCCACUGGAAACCUCACAGGAGCAAAAGGAUUUUCAAUCUCCUCGCACGGGUCAGGUCCGAGCACCGUGGAACCUUUUCUAGUCGACGAGAGGAAACCAACUGCGAACCACGUCGUCUUUUGGGUCGAGAAACGCCUCGCUGCACAAGGGAUUAUUCCCGUUUGGAACCAAUGAUGUCUUUUAUUCACUUGUAACCAUUACAUUGCAAAUAUUUUGUAUACCAAAAAAUAUGAUGAAAUCAUUAGAUC